AAAGAGGAGGAGGAGGAGGAGGAGGAAGGCGAAGUCUCGCGGGAAGUCGCUAUAGAGACGGGGGGGCCGCGGAGACGCCGCCUGUGCCGGGAGGAAGGCGGGAGCCGCCGGGGGCCGCCUCAGGCCGGCCGCUGAGGGAGCGGCCGUGGCUGUCUCCGCUCGGCGCCCCCCGUCCCGGCGCAGUUAUAUCAUACCUACGUAUCAUUUUUAAUGAUACAUCUGAACAACUGAAAUGAGGCUGAAGACUUCACUUUUAAAGGAACCAAAGCAUAAGGAAUUAGUUAGCUGUGUGGGAUGGACUACAGCUGAUGAGCUAUAUUCCUGCAGUGAUGACCACCAGAUUUUGAAAUGGAACCUUCUAACUAGUGAGACUACCCGAGUAGUGAAACUCCCAGAUGAUACUUAUCCCAUAGAUCUUCACUGGCUUCCCAGAAGUAUAGGUGGGAAGAAGCAGCCCCAUGCUGAGAGCUUUGUUCUGACAAGUUCUGAUGGGAAGUUCCACUUAAUUUCCAAAUCGGGAAGAGUAGAGAAAAGCGUGGAAGCCCACUGCGGAGCCGUGCUUGCAGGAAGGUGGAAUUCCGAGGGAACAGCGCUGGCCACCGUUGGUGAAGAUGGCCAAGUGAAAAUCUGGUCUAAAAGUGGAAUGCUGAGAUCCACGUUAGCUCAGCAAGGAACACCGGUGUACUCAGUAGCCUGGGGACCUGAUUCUGAAAAGGUUCUCUAUACUUCAGGAAGGCAGCUGAUUAUUAAACCUCUCCAACCAAAUGUUAAAGUUUUACAGUGGAAAGCCCACGAUGGCCUUAUUUUAAAAACUGACUGGAACUCAGUCAAUGAACUUAUUCUUUCUGCAGGUGAAGAUUGUAAAUAUAAGGUAUGGGACAGUUAUGGACACCUACUGUACAGCUCACAGCCCCAUGAAUAUCCUAUAACAUCCAUUGCUUGGUCUGGAGAUGGAGAAUUAUUUGCUGUGGGGUCUUUUCAUACUUUACGUCUAUGUGAUAAAACUGGGUGGUCCUACGCUUUAGAGAAGCCCAACACUGGCAGCAUAUUUAAUAUUGCUUGGUCUGUUGACGGCACUCAGCUAGCUGGAGCAUGUGGCAAUGGACACGUCAUCUUUGCCCACGUUGUGGAGCAGCGCUGGGAGUGGAAGAACUUUGAAAUAACACUGAUUAAGAGGAGAACCAUGCAGGUACACAACGUUAUCAACGAUGCAGUUGAUUUGCUGGAAUUCCGUGACAGGGUUAUCAAGGCCUCUUUGAACUAUGGGCAUUUGGUUGUCUCAACUUCUCUUCAGUGUUAUGUAUUUUCUACAAAGAACUGGAAUACACCACUUAUCUUUGACCUGAAGGAAGGAACAGUUACUUUGAUUCUACAAGCAGAAAGGCAUUUUCUUCUCGUGGAUGGUGGAGGACUUUAUUUAUAUUCCUAUGAAGGAAGAUUAAUUUCCUCUCCAAAAUUUCCAGGAAUGAGAACAGACAUUUUAAAUGCCCAGACACUAUCUCUGAGUAAUGAUACUCUGGCAGUAAAAGACAAAGCUGAUGAAAAGGUUAUCUACAUAUUUGAUGCUUUGUCUGGAAAACCACUGGGUGAUGGAAAGCCUCUAACCCAUAAGACAGAAAUCGUGGAGAUUGCUUUGGACCAGAAAGGACUUACAAGUGAAAGAAAAAUAGCUUUUAUUGAUAAGAACAGGGACCUUUAUAUCACUUCAGUUAAAAGGUUUGGGAAAGAACAGAAGAUUGUCAAAAUAGGAACAAUGGUUCAAACGUUGGCUUGGAAUGACACAUCUAACAUACUCUGUGGGAUUCAGGAUACCCGUUUUACAGUCUGGUACUACCCCAACACGGUCUACGUAGAUAAAGAUCUUUUGACAAAAACUCUAUAUGAAAAAGAUGCAAGUGAAUUUAGCAAAAAUCCCCAGAUCGUACAUUUUGUAGGAAAUCAAAUAACAAUUAGGAGAGCAGAUGGCUCACUUAUUCACCUUAAUAUUUCACCUUACCCUGUGAUUCUUCAUGAGUAUGUUAGUAGUUCUAAAUGGGAAGAUGCUGUCAGAUUAUGUCGCUUCGUCAAGGAUCAAACUAUGUGGGCAUGUUUAGCAGCUAUGGCAGUUGCCAAUAAAGAUAUGGCUACAGCAGAAAUUGCCUAUGCAUCAAUUGGUGAGAUUGACAAAGUUCAGUAUAUCAAUUUCAUCAAAGAUCUUCCAUCAAAAGAGUCAAGGAUGGCUCAUAUACUCCUCUUCAGUGGAAACACACAAGAAGCUGAAACCCUGCUUCUUCAAACAGGCCUUAUUUAUCAAGCUAUUCAAGUCAACAUUAAUCUUUACAACUGGGAUAGGGCGCUAGAGCUAGCAGUAAAGCACAAGACACAUGUUGACACAGUCCUGGCUUAUCGACAAAAGUUCCUAGAGGACUUUGGUAAAAAAGAAACAAACAAAAGAUUUUUGCAGUAUGCAGAAGGUCUGGAAGUUGACUGGAAUAAAAUCAAAGCCAAAAUAGAGAUGGAAAUUGCUAAAGAAAGAGAACGAGCAGCAGCCAGUGCCACAGCGCGAGCAAGUGUAACUGUGCAGCAGUAACUGUCCUUUUGGCAAUAUUAGUAAGUGCUUCGUGAGUAUUUUGUGCUGGCGUAUUUUGACAAACAAGUAAAAAUCAAUCAACGUUUUGCAGGAACAGGAGUUAGAGUUGAUGUCGUUCUUGUUAAUUGUUGGGUGACAGGCAGAAUUAUUUACUACAGUCUCACUUCAGGCUGGAUGUACUUUCUGAUGCCCUAAGUCCAGUGAACAGUCACACUGUAAUCCAUAAUAAGUACGUACGAGAAAAAGGGGAAGCUUUUGUCUUUCCAUUGCUGGCUUUUAAAUUUUCAUUGCCAUUUAAAUUGUUUAACAUUGGUUGCCCCUAGUUCUGAUUUCCCUGUUUAAGCAACCAGUUAAGCAAUCUGGUUAUUGUAAUCUGGCUAUUUCUGCAACCUCAGGGGCCUCUGAGAAGACGUGUUUAAAUUGCCUUGAAAUGAGCUGUAAGCAUUGAGAAUUAAAAAAAACAGGUUGCACUUCUCAGUUACAGAAGAAUAUUUCACUUGCAGUUGUACAGUUCUGGUAGUACCUAGUUCUGCUAAUAUCUAUCUAUUAGCAAGUUCUUCAACAGAUGAUUUCAGAUUGCUUCAGCAACUCAGGUUUGUCUCUUAGCAAACAAUUUCAUAACAAAGAGUAUUUUCCAAGGUAGGUUAAACUGUUCAAUAUACUGUGGAAGUUGCUUUGACUGUUGUUUGAAGUAAUGAACAGCAUUAUAGGCUGGUUUUGUAGCAUCUAGCAUAUUUAAUUGACAAUGAUAUUCAGAGCUUCCUAAAGGUUAAAAUACCAUAUUCACUUAAAGUAGGCAAGAGCUUUACCAAAGAGCUGCCCAAAGCAUUUGAUUUUAAAAUGCUGUUUUUAUAUGUGUUAUUUCAUCAAUACAUACUUUGUUGUCUUCUACAUGAGAAAGUGACUGCAUGUGUUAGGUGUUCUUUAUAGAAGCCUUUUGCAGUAUAAAGAUGUGAGCAGGUUAUUCAGAACUGAUGUUUUAGAAUAAUCCUUCAAAUGUUACCAUCAAAAUGUUAAAUAUCUAUAUAUCGGGUGAAUUUCUUGUGUUUUGUAAAUGACCCUUUGACACUUUUUUUGCACAGUUCAUCAAUUUCAUAAUAAAAAUAAUCAAAUAAAGCGUGGGCUUUUUUAAUGUA